AUGGACUAUGAAAUUGCAGGUCUAGUUCUAGCCAUUUUGCUAUGGGUUGCUUGGGCGAUGGUGACCGAGCGUCGUUACCGUCGUUCUGAGGAGCAAGGGCAGCUACCACCAGGGCCCAGAUCGUUGCCAGUGGUUGGCAACAUCUUCCAGUUGGGUUGGGCACCACACGAGUCAUUUGCCGAACUGGCUCGUAUUCAUGGUCCAAUCAUGACCCUUUGGCUCGGCUCCAUGUGCAACGUGGUCAUUUCCUCGAGUGAAGUGGCUCGUGAAAUGUUCAAGAAUCAUGAUGUGGUGUUAGCAGGGCGAAAAAUUUACGAAGCCAUGAAAGGUGAUUUUGGUAAUGAAGGGUCUAUAAUCACAGCCCAAUAUGGACCGCAUUGGCGUAUGUUAAGGCGCUUAUGCAACACCGAAUUCUUUGUGACCAGCCGCCUUGAAGCCAUGCAGGGUGCACGCAGCCGGUGCAUUGAUGGCAUGUUGCAGUUCAUAGAAGAUGCCAGUGCAGAUGGCACUAAUGAGAUUGACCUUGGGAGAUACAUUUUCUUGAUGGCUUUUAAUCUUAUUGGCAACCUCAUGUUCUCAAAAGAUUUAUUGGACCCGAAAUCGGAGAGAGGAGCUAAAUUUUUCUAUCAUGCUGGUAAGGUGAUGGAGUUGGCCGGUAAGCCUAACGUGGCUGAUUUCUUGCCAAUUCUACGCUGGCUUGAUCCACAAGGCAUAAGGAGAAAGACACAAUUCCAUGUUGCAAAAGCCUUUGAAAUUGCUGGAGGGUUUAUCAAAGAAAGAACAGAGAGUAUGCAAAACGGAAGCAGAGAUGACAAGAGAAAAGAUUACUUGGAUGUGCUUUUGGAGUUUCGCGGUGAUGGCGUGGAGGGGCCCUCCAGAUUUUCUUCAACAACCAUCAAUGUGAUCGUCUUU